AUGAGCAACCAAAGACCAAGAGCAAGCUCACCCCUAGCAAGGUCAAACUCCGAGUGGGCCUGUCAGAUUUGCACAUUGCUGAACCAGCCAUUUGCACUCCAAUGUGAUGCCUGUGAGACGAAACGGCCGCAGGAACGUCUAUUAUUUAGACCCAACAUUCUUGUUGAAAGAAAUUCAAAACUUGCGGGUUUCUGUGUAUGCGAUCUCUAUCCCCAAAAUGGUAAUCCUAACUUACCCCACUUGCUCGGCGAUGCCUCCAUCGAUCGCAUUACAGGUAAGGUCUGGUCUCCGUACAUUACUCAAAUAAUAAUUUUGGGUGGUGAUUCUGGUGAAGGUUGUCGAGGUAGGCCAUCCUUUGCGCAGCCAUCCGGCACCGGCGCAGUGCGAACUCAUAUCCGGGACCACAUCCCGUCGAACUCGUGGAUUUUGCGGAGCACAUCGCGUACAGAGAUUAGCUCGUUCCACAUGCAAGACGUUUCAAUUCUACGACUAAUUGUAUCAGUCCAGGAAAUCUACUUUGAUGAGUAUACGGGAGGUUUUGGUACAGACUGGGUCUGA